CCCAACGACAAACAAAAAUUAAAAAAAAAAAAAAUUUGUUCUUUUCAUUUCCCCAUUCAUUGAUUCGUUUCACAUGUUAAGAUUUUUGUAGAAGAGAGAAAUAGUGCGAAAAAGAAGAGAUUUUUUUGCUGUUUUUAUCUCCUUUUAACGAGAAAAUUUUGACCUUUUCUUGUAUUUUUUUUUUUUUCCUUUUUUCUUCCUAUAAAACUCUCAAUUUAGAGCCCAGGAUCACAAGAUCUCCGGUAAAUCUUGGUUGGAAGGUUGACUUUGGAGAGAGCAAGACUUUUCAUGGGGGAAGAGGCGCCUGAGUUUCUUCUAGACAGCUUUGAUUUCGAUUCGCAAGGCAACCGGACGGCUACGACCGUCGGCGAUAAGAUAUAUGUUGUUGUUGGAGGAUCUGCCGAUGAGGCCAAGUUGUCGAUUACCGUAAAAAUUUUUGACAAAUCCACUGGGAAAUGGUCGAUUCCUACCGUGCUGGGUACGGCGCCGACUCUAUCGAGCGGCCACUCGGCUGUUGUUUCGAAUAGCGAUCGAAUCUUGAUUGUUAAGAAGGAAUUGACAGUCGAUGAUUGCACCUGGUUUCUGGAGGUGGACACGCCGUUUGUUAAAGAGCAGAAGAAGAUUACCGGCACUGAGGUCGUUGCCUGGAGCAAAGGGGUCGUAGGUACUGGCCCGAAGCCGAUUGUUAUUAGCGGUCCCUCCGGAGUCGGUAAAGGAACCAUAAUAGCCAAACUCAUGAAGGAGUUCCCUUCGACAUACGGAUUCUCCGUUAGCCACACGACCCGCGGUCCGAGGGAGAAGGAAGUAGACGGAGUCCAUUAUCACUUCGCCGAACGUAGUGUGAUGGAGAAAGAAAUAAGGGAGGGGAAGUUUCUUGAAUCCGCUCUUGUUCAUGGAAAUCUCUACGGGACGAGUGUCGAAGCGGUUGAGGCAGUUACGGAUGCUGGAAAGAGGUGUAUUCUCGACAUUGAUGUUCAAGGAGCUAGAUCUGUAAGGGCUAGCGCUCUUGAAGCGAUCUUCAUCUUUAUCUGCCCCCCGGCAUUUGAAGAACUCGAGAAGCGCCUCCGAGCAAGAGGAACAGAAACAGAAGAACAAAUCCAAAAGCGACUGAGAAACGCUAAAACGGAGCUUGAGCAGGCAAAAUUCCCAGGCCUUUUCGAUCACCUAUUGGUGAACGAUGACCUAGAAAUAUGUUACGAGAACUUUAAGAAAAUACUUGCUUUGGAUGACAAUUUUGACGCCUCUUGUCAAUCACCUAUGAAGAACUCGAAGGUGCUCUCGUGUCAUGCAUUAUCUGAAACCGAACAAAAGGUUCUCUUGCAAAUUGAAACUAGCGAAACGGAAGCAACAGCCGGUAGCUUAUUUGUGCUCGACUUGUCCUCUCUGAGAGGAGCUGCUCCUGGUCGAACAAGAGGGCUCACUUUACACCCCGUUCUCUCGACGGAAGAUGGCUCGGAUGGCAUCAAACAUCUACUCUAGCAUUCAUCAAGGGAGUAAUCGAACGAAGAAUUUGUUGAACUACUGACUCUCAAGUUUUAGGUUUGAGUUUAUGAGAUGACAAUUUCUAGAACACUACGCUGAAGAUACAAAAGCUGAACCAUUACGCAUAAAAGCGUUCAAAUUGAUACCAAAUAGGUGAUCCGUUUAUUUAUUCGUAUUCUUGAGACAAUGAAUUUCACAUGGGAUAGUGAUGAAGGAUAUACAUUCCAUUGCUGAGAUUUGAAUUUAUAAUCCCUUCUGACGAAUAUAUUCGUGAGGAAAUGUAUUUUUCUGAUCUGUGCUGUUCUGUUUCUUCUCUUCUCAUGUUCAGAAUUUUUGCUUCC